UGUUUUAACCCAGAAUUCGCAGCGACCUUAUACAUUAAUAAGCACACCAAAGCCAUCACACUAAAUCCUAACAUUUCCGGCUAAUGCUUGUCUGGAAUGAAAAUCAGGAUACGAACUACCUUUAUUUGAAUAUUAAAUUGCGGGAAGCGUUAAACGACCUGGCAACUGCGUCAUUGGAUUUUACUUUAACUUUUAUUUUUUUGUGUGUGUACAUUUUUUUACUUCUGCCUGGUGAUAAUGCCUGGCAGUGCUGCCAACAAAGGCUAUAAGUUUCAGAGCAGCACCGCGGUGGCUACUCCAAACGGCGGUGUGGAAGACGAGGCGCUCACACAGGAGGUGGAAUCCCAGAAAAUUCAUGAGAAUGCUGUUGGACCUGCUAAGCAAAGAACGGGCUGGGAAAUUAAAGCAUCUGCAUUGUCCCUUAAUACACAUAAUCGCAUUCGUAAUAUAGUCGAAUCUAUGCAGAUUAAGCCGAAUCCCAAUAAGGCUAUGAUACCGCUGUCCAUAGGCGAUCCCACAACAUUUGGUAAUCUGAAAGCCGCCGAUGAAACUAUGAAGGCCGUGCUACGGUCGUUGGAGAGUGGAAAGUUUAACGGCUAUGCCCAUACUCAAGGCCAUGAAACCUCGCGGCAGGCCGUGGCCAAGUAUAGUGCACAUCAACGCCCUGAGGGGGUGAUCGAUCCAAGUGAUGUAUUGCUCUGCAGCGGCUGUUCCUCAGCACUAGAGUAUUGCAUAUUGGCGCUAGCCGAUCGUGGUCAAAACGUACUGGUGCCGCGGCCCGGCUUUUGUUUAUACCAUACACUUGCUGAAGGCUUGGACAUUGAGGUGCGCUAUUAUGACUUGCUGCCAGAACAAAAAUGGCGUGCUGAUCUCGUCCAACUGGAGAGUCUUAUCGAUAAAAAUACAGCCGCGUUGCUAAUAAACAAUCCAAGCAAUCCUUGUGGUAGUGUCUAUGACGAAGCACAUCUGCAGCAACUGGUGGCCAUUUGCGAGCGCCAUUAUAUACCUAUAAUUGCCGAUGAGAUCUAUGAGCACUUUGUGUUUCCAGGUUCGCGCCACGUGGCGGUUAGCAGUGUGACGCGCGAAGUGCCAGUGUUGUCCUGUGGUGGGCUUACCAAGCGUUUUCUUGUGCCCGGCUGGCGUAUGGGGUGGAUUAUUGUGCACGAUCAUCAUCAGCGUCUAGGAACAGCAGUGACGGGUCUCAAGAACAUGUGUGGACGCAUCCUUGGCUCGAAUACGAUCAUUCAGGGCGCACUGCCUGACAUACUAACCAAGACUCCGCAGUGCUACUUUGAUAGAGUGAUCGAGACGCUCUACUCCAAUGCUCAACUCGCUUACAAAAUGCUAAAACAGGUGCGUGGACUUAACCCUGUUAUGCCCAACGGAGCCAUGUACAUGAUGAUUGGCCUUUCUAAAGAGCAUUUUUCGGCUUUUAAAGACGACACACACUUUGUGCAGGAGUUGGUUAACGAACAGAGUGUAUUCUGUCUACCCGGUAGUUGUUUUGCUUAUCCGGGGUAUUUACGCAUUGUUUUAACAGUACCAAGUGCUAUGCUCGAGGAAGCCUGCGUCCGCAUCGCCGAGUUUUGUUAUACGCACUAUAAGAAAGAUACCCGGGCACUGAUAGAGGACAGAUUACUAGAGGAUUGAAGUAUGCAUUACUAAGUGGAAUGUGCAACAGGCAACAUGUAUAUUUAUUAAAUAUUCUAGGUUAAAGUUGCUUGCAUGGUAUACAUGCAUAUAUAUAAUUAUAAUAUAAUAUAAUAAUUGUAUCUUAAAUAUUGUGUAAAAUCGUAAUGCACUGACGUAUGGACAUACAGAAGCAUGAGAUUAAGAAUCAGUUGUAAGAAAAGCUACACAAACAUACAUAUUUAUGUAUGUAUGUAAAUACAUAUGGAUUUGAAUUUGGAA